AUGCCAUCACAACUGGAGGGUGCAAUGGAUACCUUAAUCAGAGUCUUUCAUCAUUACUCUGCAAAAGAAGGGGACAAAUACAAACUCAAUAAAGGAGAACUCAAACAACUUCUCACCAGCGAACUUACUGAUUUCCUUGCGUGUCAAAAGGAUCCCCAGCUGGUUGAUAAGAUCAUGCAUGAUCUUGAUAUUAACAGAGAUAAUGAAGUGGAUUUUAAUGAAUUUGUGGUUCUGGUUGCUGCUUUGACUGUUGCGUGCAAUGAUUUCUUUGAGGAGCAAAUGAGGAAAAAAGGAGAUUAGAAAUGGUAAGUAACACCAUUUAAUAGUGUUUAAUAACUAUCCUGUGUAGUUGAUUAAUAAUUAACUUAAAUAGACUGUGUCUGGGAUAUUAUGGAAUUAUUUAGGUAUAUCAAAGACCCUCUCAAUUGAAUAUCCACUCAAACCACAAAUCCCAAAGUUAGAAGAGUUAAAAAAUAAAAUGUUAUUAAAGGCAUUACAUUGAGAUAAAUAUCUUACUUUAUAAUCAGACCUUUACCAUACAUAAGAUGAAAAUAUUUGAAGUUUCACUCCACAUCUGGCAAUGGAGGCAUCUAGAAUAGGAAUUUGUAUUCUAUCCUUAAGAGGUCAGACAUUAUAUAAACCAGCACAGAAAAAUGUGGCAAAUGAGCUGGGAAUUUACAACAAACUAGACUCUAAUUUAAAUAAAGAUCCAUGGACGUGUCUUCUUGUUUCCCUUUCUUCU